CCCUCUUCCACGGUCCUUGGCCCGCCUGCACCUUCCCCCACCUGGCACACCGCGCCGAGACCGGAGAUCCGAUGCCAUGGCGGAGGCCCGGCGCCGUCGGGCGGUGCUGGGUGCGCAGGGCCUGGCCGCGCUGUGGAUCACCUCGUCAGAGAUCCUAGGUUCCGAGCACCUUCGGUCGCAGAGCAGCGCCGUGAGCGGCUUCACGCAGCGUCCGGAGGUGGCCGUGGAGGUGCUCUUGCUGGCUGCGGGGUUUGAGCUCCGUGAAGGCGUCGGCCGUGCGCUGGGUGCCCUGCCGGCGGCGGCGCUGGCGAUGGCGGUGCUGCUGCCGUGGGGGCGGCUGGUGGAGAGAGCCGGGUGGAGGACGCUGCUGUCCUGCCAGCUGCUGCUGCGACCCCUGUGGGAGCCGGAGGCCUGUCCUCUUCCCAGCGCACCCCUCGCCUCGACGCUCGCCUUGGCCACGCUGCUGGCCCUGGCGGCCCCGCGGAGCCCCGUGCGGAGCGCCACGUCAGGGCUGCUGUCCGCCUUGGAGCGUUCCAGACGGCUGGGGUGUUUUGCCUUCUUCGUCUGGCUGACUCUGGUGCUUCCAAUUGCCUACAGUGCCUACACCGCCGAGAGUGCUGACACGGCGCGGGUGGCCACUUGGGCUUGGCCUGUGGCACAACUCGGGGAUCUGUUGCUAGGUGCAUGUGCUGCAGGCCAGCCGUUUGCUGGCUGGCAGGGAGGUGUGGCGGAUGUGUGGUGCACCUUGCUGGCAGUGGUGCUGUGGCUCCCCAAUUUGGAGUCCCUUGAGGGCUUCCACGUGGCGCGCGGCGCUGCCUUGGGCCUCACCUGGGCGCUCAUGGCAGGCCCCUCCGGCAGUGCUUGGGCACGUGCAGUGGAACACCCCUCCUUAGAAGGUCUGGGCCAAAGUGCCUGGCAAGCCAUUUUCCUUUGUCGACCUUCGUUGGAGCUGUGUCGAAGCUUGUUCGGGGACACCUUCCACAAGAGCGCUCCAGGUUUUCUGGCCUUCAACUUCUGCUUGUGGGUCCUUUCCUCCAACCUGGCCACCUUCACUAGAUCGGCCGCGCAGCGGCUCUCGGGCGGCGAGAUCGCGGCCGCGGAGCCGACCAGGGGUAAGUGAGCAAAAGACCCAGCUGCGGUGCAGAGGAUGCGUGGAGGGACCUUCGAAGGACCGUUGGAUUGAGAGAGACCGACACAUGUGACAUGGAGGAAUUCGGUACAGGAAGUACCGAGCCUUGGACGAAGAUGACGUUCAUUUAGAGGGCCC